ACUGAAGUGGAAAACAGCACGGGUGAUCUCUCGAUAGCACAAUAAUCAAGUUUAUUAAGAAAUAGCAUAGUUUAAAAUACAAAAGUAAUCGAACACUAUAUAAAGGACUAGUGAUGCUAAAGUAUGUGAUGAAGUUAUCAAUCGGAAUUACCACUGACAGCGCUUAGGAUGAAAACAAACACUUAAACCACUAAUGUGGGACUGAUCAGCUGGUAUAUUGCAGUUGGUGCUGCAAUGCUCUGUCCUUUGGAGGCGACAUUGGAAGAGGUGCCGACACAGUUUCAGUGCAACGCUGACAAAAAAAGUGACCGAAUACGACUGUACCUGGGAUUAAAAAAUUUAAAAAUCAGCUGCUAUUUGCAAAAUGAUUACAGCAAUUCUGAAAACCAGGACAUUUUCUCGACUCUGUAUACCUCAAAGGGACUCGCACCAAGUCUGAAGCUUUAUAAUAGGACCCAUGCAGUUGUCUUCAAUUUUCAGAUGAGCCUGAAUACGACCACAUGGAGCAUUGACAUCCCCCGCAAUCACAUCACACUUAAUGCAGAUGUGGCUCCUGUGGAUGAGUGGUAUUUGCAAUUCAAAAUGCAUCACGGAUUGGACAUAUUCAGCACUGAAGGCACCCUCCUGGACACAGUUCGAGAGCCUCUCCUUCAGUGGACAAUUGGGACCCCAAUCUCUUACUCCGAGGUUGGCACUUUCAUCAACAAUGCGGUGAACCUCCAAGUUUCAAAAAGCCCAUGCUCUAAUGAUGUAGCCAUCUUGGCUCCAAUAUUUGCACCCCAAACAUCAGCAGGUUGUGUGACACUGUCUUUCAUAUUUGUUUUUACACCCAUUAAAAUAUCCUGUCUUUUGUGUGUUUCAGACUGUAAUGGACUGGCAGUCGCUGAUAUCACUCUGACCAGCUUUAAUUUGCUAAUCCUGACCACUAGGGGUCUCUUCAUUAGUGAGGAUCUGACAUCCCCAGUAAAAAGCAAUUUAGAUUUCAAAAAAUUGGAUUUACCCAUUUCAACUGAGGUCAGUGAUAAAGCCGAUAUAACGUGGUUGAAUUCUAAAAAUAAGAAAUAUGAGCACUCCUUUAAAUACUGGAUUUAUUUAUACACAGUGAAAACAAGAGUAAUCAGAAUCUGGAGAAACACGGUCUGUAUUUUCUUAUAUCCAUAUUUUUGUAUAUCCAUACUUCUCAGCUGUUGCAGAAAUACAUGGAAUAUUUAUUUAAUGAACAUUAAUCUUCUUUUUUUUCUUUUAAAGGUGGAUCAUUCCCAUUACACAUUGUUGUACACUCCUUUAUGUCCCUCUAACGUGGAGAGUUUCCAUGAGGGUUAUUUAAGCCUGACAUCCAGCAAGCAGAAUGCCAAUUACCAGAACUUGCCAUGUCUCUACAGCACUGAUCCCUUCACAGAUUGGUAUAGAUGUCUACAACACGGAAAUAGUUCUGCUUCCCUUAUUUACGAUUCUCAACAAGAUACUGGAAUAGUUCUGUCCUUAAAUAAGAACCAGGGUUUCGUGUCAGUGUACUCGAUGAUAAACUCUCAGUUGAACGAAAAGGUCAAGUUUUCACCAUUCCAGUUUGAAUUUCUUCCAGAAGGAAUGUCCUUCGACCCAAGCAGUCAUCAGCUUUAUGUCUACGGAGCAGAGGUGUGGUCUUCAGAAGAUGGAGGCAACACAUUUAAAAAGAUCAUUAGUUUGGCCAGUGAAAAGUUUGUGAAGUUAAUUUUGUGUGUUCACAAACAGGCAGUGGUAUUUGUAACAAAUUACGGCAACAUCUACUUCAGCAAGACAGGUUCGUUGAGAUACAGCAAGCUGAACAAGACAAAAUCAGAAUUCUCAACCCUGUACUGUGAUCACCUGGGCAAUUUAAUCCUCCUGGCUUUAGACGCACACAGUCCAAAUGGACUGAAAGUGGAAAACAUCAACCCAGCUUCAUUGAUGAUGGAUGAUGACUUGGGCUUUGACAGACCCCUUGCCCUUCAAUAUAUCAGGGACAAGACAGCACUGUUUCACGAAUUCGGUCCUUAUCUUGCAAAUCCGUCCGCUGCUGACUCAACUCCCAAGCUCUCCAACUCCUAUAUUGGCAAACUGAUACAACUAAGUUCAGGUGGAAGGGGUGUGAUAACAGAAGUCUACACGACUCACAUAUCUAAUAAAUUCUUGGCUGUUGCUGUUGUGGAUAUACUGGAGACGUUUAAUGGUGAACCUUUAAUCACAGACCCAAAUCAGAGUUACUCACUUACUGUUCGUGACGUAUCAAACAGUAGUGUUGAUAUACAAUUGUAUAACACUGAUUCUACUGAUGGCUUUCAGCUGACGGAUAUUGGGAAAACAAUAGUGAUUCCAGGCACCAGCAGCUUUUUAAUCACUGAUGUGGUAAAUUCCAACAGUGUCAUUGCAGUUUCCACAAUGCCAAAAUUGGUGCGUAAAGAUAAAACCUACAACCAAGCACAGUGGAUGCUGUUUAACUUUGGCUCUGGGUAUGAAAGAACAUGGAGGAUUACGGAGGGGGAGUGCAGGCACAGUCUGCAGUUUUUUGGUGAUUUUGACACAAAUUCUCUGUUGUACAUCGUAAUCCAAGAAACGAUGAGCUUCAGCUUCAAGGCUUCAGUCUCUGAGUCAGGUAUGUCUUAUUUUCAAAAGAAGCUCAUGAAAGUGAUUGUAGGGAAUCCUUCACUUCUGAAAGUGACAGCUGCUCAUAGCUGGGACACCUUAGGCAACCACAUUCUGAACAUUACUGUCUUCAGCAUGUUUUUUCAAAAGGGCAUGACUACAAUAUCUGUAUAUGUUCCAGAGGCCUCCCUGCUCUGCUCCUUGUCCAGCUUCACAUUCAGCCUGCAGAACUCCUGCCCGACCAGCAUGCGUAUCAAGUACAUUCCAGAUAGGUUAAUUAGCGCUGAUGAGUGGCAGUAUGGCAAUCCAGUUGACUCCAUGGGCAAUAAACUGCUGAUGGACCUGCCGGUGAACUACAGACCCCCAUCCCAGCUCGGAAUAGCCAUCCCAGUUUCUGAUAACAUUUACAAUGCUGACCCAAGCAAGCCACGGCCUAGACAAUAUUACCAGAUCUCUAAGAAUACUGGAACAUACAAGCAAUGUGCUGGAAAAUCGUCUCAAGCGGAAUGUGGCUGUACAGAGGAGAUGAGGCUUUCGCCGUUAGCUGCACAUUCGGAUUGCAGGAAAAGGGUUUUAAGGUUUUUGUAUCCUGUCAACAAUUUUAACAUCACCUUGUUUCUAACAAGAUCUGGGCACGACAACCAGCCCCUAAAGGCGCCUCAGUUUGUCACUGUAACCGAAAUUAACAACAGAACUAACUGGCGAAUCACAGGUACCAAUGCUGUUCCAAGCCUGCUGAAAAUGAGGGAGUAUCUGGGGACCAGUCUCAACAGCACCCUGUAUAACCCUGAAGGACUGCAGAUCAGCUUUUAUGGCUCUGAGCUUUUCCAUUUCAGAAUAUCUGUCAUUCCGGGCAUUUCUCUGUGUGACUUGGUAGAAGAAGUUCAGAUUUAUAUUGAUGGUCCUCCUCUGGCAUUUCCAGCGCAGUACCUGAUCAAUACCAUAACUGCAAUUGUUCUGGGAGGAAUCCUUCUGAUUGUUUUUCUCUUGAAACUGUAUGGAGUUAAAUUACCUUCAAAGAGUAGCUUCACAAGCCUAUUCAGGAAACGCAAUUCAGUGACUCCAAUCAGUUGAUUGCUUGAUGCUUGGGUGAGCGGGUGUCUUUUACAAUGCUUUCACUUUGUUUUAAAUAGGUUUGUUUGCCAUCCUUCAGGGUGCAGUUUUCUCAUGCAUUUCCGAAUGCUUACAAUGAUCUGCAAUUUUUUUGUGUACCAUACUUUACCAUACCAUUUUGAGCUUUACCGUUGUUGUUCAUUGCAUGUUUUCACUAUGCUUAAUUACCACAGUUUCUAGUUCUUUAAAACAUUUUGUAUGGGCUAGCUUGACUUGUUAUGUAUUGUUUUAAAUGUGUGCAUUUGCAUUUAGAGCGUUUGUACAUGUGUGUUCUAUAAAAUAAACUAAAG